AGUAAUUAUAUUAAAUAGUUUUAAUAUUUCAUACAUUGCAACAGUUUGUUACCGACUGUACGGGGUGUGUUUUUGAAGAAUAUUUAUAUUUGAUAAAAAAACAACAGUGAAAUGGUAUCCUGUAAAUGGUUAAUAAAUAUCUCGCGUAAUUGCGCAAAUUGGCCUGCAACGAACAGAAAAUUGAUUCUAUCUCAGAAGUCGUACACCGAAUUUUAUGAUACAUUUCCUAAAAUUAUAAGAAACGGAUUGGAUGCAUCAAAUUAUCUGCCAACAUCAGAUAUUAAAGACCGAUUAAAGAAGGCAAUCGAAUACCACACGUUAGAAAGAGUGUCAGUGCAAGGACAGCUUACAGUGUACGCUUAUGAAGCGCUCAAACAUGACUCUAUAACGGACGAGUCCAGGCAUCAAAUUAACACACUGGCUUGGUGUGUAGAAAUGUUUCAGUCCUAUUAUUUAAUCAUCGACGAUAUAGAAGAUGAAGCAAAGACACGUAACGGCAAGCCAUGCUGGCAUUUGCUCCCGAACGUCGGCAAUUUGGCUCUGAACGAUACGAGUAUGAUGAGAAGUUUUAUUUACGAAUUGUUGAGACAAAAUUUAAGCGAUGAAAUGUAUACCAAAAUAAGUAAACUCUUCAACGAGGCUCACAUAAGAUCAGAAUACGGCCAGUACUUGGAUUCAAUAACUUCAAAAGGCAGAAACUUUUCAGAGUAUGAUAUACAACUGUAUACUAAAAUAUCUGACAGUAAAUUUACAUUUUAUUCAAUUAAAUUUCCAAUAUUGGUUGCUCUCACAAUGGCCAAUAAACUAAAUCAAACUUCAAUUCAAAAUGUGGACAAUGCAAUGAAACAUAUCGGAAGUUGGGUGCAAAUGCACAAUGAUAUGUUGGAUUGGUGUGACGAACUGUCAACUGGAAAAACAAAUAUAGACAUAAAGAAGGGUAAAUGCUCGUGGUUGGCGGUGACAGCCCUGGAAAGAUGUAAUGCUGUCCAGCGAGAAAUGUUCCUAACGCGGUACGGCAGUGACAAAAUAGAAGAUGUGGAACAGAUACUUCAAUUAUAUCAUACUCUCGGAUUGCGAGAUAUAUUCUGUCAGGACCACCAGGCACGUUUAGGUACAAUCGCGAAACAGAUUGACAGCUUACCGUACGAUUCUACACCGACAUCGAUGUUUUUACAUGAUUAUAUUGAGAGAAUUUAUCCAUUUAUUGUGCAUUUACCAGAAGCUUUAGAAUACUGCAAACAAAAAAUAAAAUAAUAAUAAUAAAAGGAUGGUUACAUGCUAUUGUAAUAAAUUCUAUUGA